UCUGAUCUCCACUCCUUUGGACGGCGGAUGCAAGGAUGAGCUGCUCUCGUACGGUCCACUCGGCGACUGGACCUGAAACGACGCACGGUAACUUGCAGCUAUAAACAGCAAGAUGUACGAACAACUUGCCUUUGGCCGCCAUUUUUAUUCACCAUGAACGGCGGUCUAAAAGUUCAAAUUCCCCGCGCGCUCGAGAUCGCAGUGCGAGUCGUCGCGUGUGUUUUUCAAUUACGUCACUGGGUGGGUAAACUACUCGCAGCGACCAGGCUUGGGAGCUAGCUAGAAGAACGGCAGGAGGGUGCAUAGUUGGAUUACUUCGUCGCUGGAACUGGUGGUGUCGAUAACUUCGAUCUCAGGGGAGCAUGGGCAACUGCUUGCGGAGCAGGCGCCGUCACGAGCUGCUCCUUCACUCGUGCGACGGAGACGACGUUACGCUUGGCGAGGGAGAGCCUCUAGUCAGGCAGAAGUUGGUGUGGACUGCAGACAUGCCACUGACGAUGGGUCAGUUGCAGGGCAGGAGGGACACCUUCUGGGACACUGCUCCCAUGUACGACGGCCGACGGGAGAUCUGGGAUGCUCUUCGAGCUGCCGUCGAGGCGGCAGAGAGGGAGGAAUACGACCUGGCUCAGGCAAUCCUCAGUGGAGCAAACAUUACCCUCCCUACCGGUCAUCUCGGUGAGGCGUACGACGAACUUGGGAACAGAUACGCAAUCCCUCGCUACUGCCUGAACCGGCCAACCAACUUGCAAGAGUCUGUCGGAGACACAGACGAUACUAACUCCUCCAUCACGCAGUCCUCACCACUCCUCCUCCGACAGAGAGUCGUACGACCGGCAGAGGGGGACGAUGUCGUGGUCAAACCUCCCCCAAGCUUCAUUGUGAAAGUCAGACUCACCACCCUGUCAAAGGACAUACGUGUGUCGGUGUUCACUACAGACAGGAUCAGGGACCUAAAGAGAAAGCUACACGAACUUCACGGGGUGGAACCGCAGAAGAUCACAAUGCUGUACUCGGGGAGGGUCCUGACUAAUAACAUGCUAAUCAAACACAUUAACAUCCCAAGGGGCCAUGUCAUACAGGCCGUCGUGACAUAAUCAACUCAGCAACCCACCACCACAAUCCGGCCCCUUUUCUCUCUCGUUUUGUUGCCUUUUGUGUUGUGUUUGUGUAUCCAACCUCUCUCUAUUUCACUUCCGUGAUUGUAUUCAAUCAUUCAAUCACCCAAUUGGGAUACCAGUCAUAAGUUGUCUGCUAGGACUCUCCGGCGGUAGUACACGGAGGGGAGUUUGGAGUCUUGAGCUGUUUGACAAGCAGUUCCUCCAGUCUUUCUACCAGUCUUCUCUCCAACUCCUCAAACUUGUCGUCGAUAUACCGUUUCAGACGUCUUUCCAGGUCCGUCGAGUCUCCCUCCUCACCGGUAGCACCACUCGGGUCUUCCGGACUCACUCUACCGUUUUCUGCUGC